GUUUUCUUGAUAUCGCAAACCCAGGUACCGAAGGAAUAAUACUACCAACUGUUCGUUUAAUAAUACCGUGAUUAGACAGGAAGUAAUACAAUAAUCAUCAUCAUUCACAAUGGUCCACGCCGAUUCAUCGACCUUCGCGGAGGGUUUGAGCAAGAAGGAUGUGUAUGAGCAGAUUCUCGAGCAGGCGAAGGCGCUGUUUGAUGGGCAGAGGAAUUGGGUCUGCAACCUAGCCAACACAUCCUCCCUCCUCUACCACGGCCUACACUCCCUACCCUCUCCCUCCUCCGCCGUCAACUGGGCCGGCUUCUACGUGUCCGACCCCAAGGACCCCAACUCCCUCGUCCUGGGGCCCUUCCACGGGCAGGUCGCGUGCCAGGUGAUUGCGUUCGGCAAGGGCGUGUGCGGGACGGCGGCGAAAGAGCAGAAGACGCAGCUUGUGGAGGAUGUGGAUGCGUUUCCCGGCCACAUCGCUUGCGAUGGGGCGAGUAAGAGUGAGAUUGUUGUGCCGAUUGUUAAGGAGGGGAAGGUUGUCGCGAUCAUUGAUCUUGAUUGUGCGGAGUUGAAGGGAUUUGGCGAGGAGGAUAAGGUGGCCCUUGAGGAGUUGGCACAGUUGAUUGCGGACUCUUCUGACUUUUGAGAGAGAGGAUAAGACUCGUGUUCAUGAUCACAGUGCUCGGCACUGUGAGGUCAAAUCUAUCUGCCAACUUCAUCCUGCCGCCUCCCCCGAGUGUGGUAGACAAAAACCAUCUUAUGAUGCUGUCAGUUGCAUGAAUUGGGGUGCACAACGAAGUGCAGCGUCUUACAAGAGAAUAUUGAAGGAUGGGUUGAGAGUAUGAGAAGCAUAGUGUAUCCCAGGGAAAGAGAUUGUAUUGGGGGUGGCCAAGGUACAGACCACUGAGCCAGAGCUAUCCUGUGCAUCUUGAGGAAAAGACUACGACUAUUCCAGAAUCUCUCAUUCCGAUUAUG